UGACAGCAAACGGUACUUUGUAAGUGGUAAAUCGAAACCCUAGUUCUCAGUUUUCACUCUCAGAAUCUCUGUUCUCGUUUCUCCAUUCUAUCGCUUCUCUCCUCGAAGCCAAUUUCUCUGAUUGCUCUUACGGUCUACUCCAAUUCCUGCAGAGGCUAAAGAGAUGCGCCAAGAGUGAUGGCCGGACAAGAUGCACAACCUGUGAAACAACUUGAGGAAUGCUCUGUUUCCAAUGCACUUGGGACAUGGGUUUUUUCAGUAGCUGGUGCUUUGCUUGCAAUACCUGUGGGGAUAAAGCGGAAAUCUUUGGCGCCCCUUGUAUUCUUCGGGACAACUGGAACCAUGCUUGAUAUAAUUAUGGGAAUCAGUGCCUGUGAAAGAGAACACGCAGAACGCCAGAAGCUUUUGGAAGCACAAAAUUCUGCUGCCGCAGCUGCUGAUGCAUUGCCCAAUAUUGGAGCCGGAGCCAGAGCCGAAUCAUGAUGGCACUCAGGCACGCACGCAAAUCACUUCUUUUGUUGGAUUGCUUUCGAUUCUGUGGCUGUCAAAUUUUGGCAUUUAGUCCAAAUUUUUCUGUUAAACGUUUCUGUUAAAAUUAGUCUAAUAAAUCAUCAUUACAUUUAUGAAACCAACAAGUGGAAUACCAUCUUGAAGUAAAUGGUCAUUACAAUUGUGGUAAAUACUCAAUACAGCUGUGGGUAAUGUUCAUUGCUUUUGAA